AGCAGCUCUGCACGCCAUCUUGUGGCCGCAUCCCGCGAUUCGUUCGCAUCAAGCCUCGUAGACUCGGAGGUUGAAUCCCGCUGAGAGGGGCGCCAUCAUGCCCGGACACCUGCAGGAAGGCUUCGGCUGCGUCGUGACCAACCGGUUCGACCAGCUCCUGGACGACGAGUCGGACCCGUUCGAGAUACUCAAGGCCGCCGAGAGCAAGAAGAAGGAGGGGGCCGCCGCGGGCUCCGCCAAGUCCGCGGCGCAGGCAGCCAAGCAGCCGAGGAAGGAGUCCCAGAAGGACCGGAAGAACCCGCUGCUGGACAAGAAGGAGGAGAGCCAGCCCCCGGUCCCCCUGAAGAAAGAAGGAAUCAGGCGGGUGGGCCGGAGACCGGACCAGCAGGGCCAGCCCGGUUCCCAGCACCAGCAGGGCGGCCAGCCCGGUUCCCAGCACCAGGGCGGACAUGGCGGCCAGGGCGAAGGGCGACCCGGGGACAAGAGGCCGGACAGGAGACCUCCCCGAGAGCGCCGCUUCGAGAAGCCCUCCGAGGACAAGCCCGAGGGACCUGGCGAGUUCUCAGCAGACAACAGGCCUCCUGGAGACCGGCCCCCCCGAGGGCGUGGUGGCGGCCGGGGUGGGCGCGGUGGAAGAGGGCGGGGCAUGGGCCGGGGAGACGGCUUCGACUCCCGUGGGAAACGAGACUUUGAGCGACACAGCGGCACUGACAAAUCCAUCCAUCUCGGUGUGUGUCCUCCUGUCUGUUCUCACUCCAGCAAUCCGAAGGUGGAGGAGAAGCGCAGCGGCAGCGGCCCACACAACUGGGGCAACGUGAAGGAAGAAGUGAGUGAGACCAGUGAACCGACCGUCGCCCCGGAGACGACCCCAGAAGGAGAGGAACCUGCACCUGCCGGCUCUGAGAACAAGGAGAACGAGGCGGAAGAGGUGAAAAACGAAGGCCCCAAAGAAAUGACCCUGGACGAGUGGAAGGCCAUGCAGGACAAGGAGCGCACCAAGGUGGAGUUCAACAUCCGUAAGCCCAACGAGGGCGCCGACAGCCAGUGGAAGAAAGGAUACGUGCUGCACAAGUCCAAGAGCGAGGACGUGUGUAUCGAGAAGCCUGUCGGUGCUCUGAUUGACCCCCCAGAGAUUGAACCAGAAGCUCCACCAGUUUACCAGAAGCCGCCCGGCCCCAUCGACGAGUCCAGCGAGCACCACUUCCGCAAACCAGCCAACGACAUCACAUCCCAGCUGGAGAUCAACUUUGGAGACCUGGGCCGCCCCGGCCGCGGGCGUGGGGGGGCGCGCGGAGGCCGGGGAGGCCGCGGCGGGGGAGGCACCAGGCCGGCACGCGGGGGAGGACGGCCCGAAAAGGCGAGUGGCGUGUCAGUCCCCAACGUGGACGAUCCUGAGGCCUUCCCAGCUCUGGCCUAGGGGCUCCUUCUCCACCACCAGCCCCCCCAUCUGCCCUUCCCGGGCCCCUCCUCUACAAGGCUUGCAUGCUUACCACAUCUUCCAAGUAUAUAAGAAAACCGAAAAAAAAAAUCCCAUACCAUCCACACCAGAGGACAACAAUUUUACCCGUUUUAAAGGAGAACAAAAGACAAAAAAAGGCGGAAAAGGACCUCUUGUUACACUGAAGUUUUGUAUUUAGGAAACAUGAAAGCAGGGAUGUUUUCAUACUUUUCUUUUUUUUCAGAGAUUAUGCAUACAUCCGUGAUCAUUCUUUUUCUGCUGCUUGAAUUUAUGAAUUUAUUCAUUUGUGCAAUUAGGUUGAAGUGUGUGUAUCUCUUCCCCCUGAAGCUUUUGUGCUUUAUUUUUUUCUCUCCUCCUGACUUCAGCUCAGUAUUACGGGAUCAUCUUAGAAAAAGACUUUCUGCUGGAGUUUUUGUUUUCCAGUAAAUGCACACUGAUGUGGUAGCGAUUCACUACAUAGAAAACUUGUACUAGAUAUCUGAAUUAUGGCUUAACUUGCAUUUAAAGUGUUAUUACUCUGAUCCUAACUACCCACCCGUUUGCGAGGCACAAGUUCAGGAUGUGUAUCCAGGCAAAGAGGCUUGGUAUUUUUCAGCUUGUUGUGCAGUGGAAGUGAACGCCUUUUCCUGUUUUAUUUAUUUUUUUAUAGCUUGCCUUUUAUUUGCUGGACCAGUGGUUAGUAAUGCUUUGUAUCCCCUGAUCCAGAUGUGCUACCUGUGUUUUCAGGGUGUCCCAGGGCCCAAUGUAUAUCUUUAGGCUGGUCCUCUUAGGUCAUACAGACUGUACUACUUGUAACUUAGGACCACUAAGCAAAUAUUGUAUUUUGUUGUUAAGGAUGUGUGUGUGUGUGUUUGUGUGUGAAUGUAUUGAAGUGUGUGAGGCUGACUGAAUGACUGUGUGAAUUUGACCACUGUUAAAUUAAAAUUUUAAGUAUUCCUCCGCUAAGAACUUGCCAUUCUCCAACAGUAGAUUGCACGUUCUGGCCUGAAGUAGUUCAUACGGUGUUUUGAAAAGUGAUUGUUGAAAUCUAUGCGAGAACGAUAGACUGUGGAUCUAGCUCUUACAGUAUCUGUAAUAUAUUUUGAGAUCUCAAAGCACUUGGGUUUUAUCAGCAACAAUCCUCUGAAGAUUGUGUUUUUUAUUUUCCUUUUUCCUUCUGUGAACCAUAAUUGCUGUUUUUAUUUCAUUCCUUUCUUUUGGUAUUUUAUCAGUGCAGCAGCACCAAUGCAUAAUUUGUCUGAAAGAAAUGUCCGCUGUCAUCGUGGAGCAAUCACGAGCUACAGAAUGUAUUGUAAGGUAAUGUUGCUUGUAGCCACCUGUGUCAGUCAUUUCCAGUGAGCUUUUAUCUUUAUUUUUAUGAAGUGAGUACAUUCCACAAUUGGGGGGGAUGCCGUUUAUUGGGGGGGGUUGUACUGAAGACAUUGGGGAGUGAGUUCAAAGCUUUACAUUCUGUGCGCUGCGGUGACUCGCUGGUGAUGCACUGAUACAGGCGGCUGCAAAAGUUUUCUCGUGCGACUGUUUGAGCCACGUGACGGCGAAAGUUUCUCUUGCAAACAUCCCUGUUCUAAUAAAUCGCUUUAGAGGUG